AUGUCAGCGUACGCCAGCAACAGUAAUAAACAAAACUCAAAUGUUUUCCUGCAGUUAGAAGACGAGGUACCGAACAGUUCAAUUAACUCACCAGAAGAAGAAAAAGUAACAUACAUAUCACAAACAAAAACAACUGCAACAGAGACUGAUACUAAGGAGACCCCCACUUCAUCGAGUCAGCAAAAUUUAGAUCAAGAUUCAAACCAAGAAGUGAAUGAAGCUUUAUCAGAAAUAAUAGUUGAUGCAAUUGCAGAGGCGAAUGAUCUCACUGUACUUGAAUCUCAAUUAACUCCGGAAGAGUUAGUCACAGACUUGGAUAUAGUUAACACUGAAAGUCUUAUCGAUGAGAGUAGAAUACUUGAAGCAGAGGACAAAGAGGAAUUGGAGUAUGAAAACAUCAACGAUAAUACAGGCAGUAUAGUUCAAAUCAAUGUUUGGGACAUUUUCAAGAAGAGCGCCAUCAACUUGGUUUUACCGUUUAUUAAUGGAAUGAUGUUGGGAUUUGGAGGGAUUUUGGCGCAUGAGAUUGGAUUCCGGUACAAGUGGUUUGGUGCAAGGGUAGAACCUGUAAGAAGAAUGCUGCCCCAGUAUCAGCAACGUAAAGCCGAACAAUCUGUUGCUAAUAGAAUACUUUAA